AUGGGGCCUCUUUGGCCGUCUACUCUGCCUUUCGCCGUCAAUGCGCGUCUCCCUCCCUCGUUCCGCCCUUCUCGCCCUCCCCGCCCGCGCGCGCGCGGGCAGGAGGUGGGGCAGCGCGCGGCGCCAGCGGAGGGGGUGGACGGCUGUGCGCCAAUGCGCGUCUCUCUCCUCCCACUUUCCCCCGCUCCUUCCCCCCUCUCCCCACUCCGCGCGCGCGGGCAGGAGGUGGAGCAGCGCGCGGCGCCAGCGGAGGGGCUGGACGAGAAGGCGCUGAGAAGGUUCUUCGUGCACCUGCCGCCGUGGGUCAGCAACCCCGACUACGAGCGGGUGGAUUGGCUGAAUCGAAUCGUGGCGGAGAUGUGGCCCUAUGUCAACAAGGCGGUAUCAGAGGCGGUGCAGAGGGAUGUGACGCCUCUGCUGCUUCAAAACAAGCCCGCCUUCCUGCACUCGCUCUCCUUCUCCCACUUCUCCCUCGGCCCCCUUCCCCCCGCCAUCAUCGCCAUCAAGUCACUGGAGACACACGACGACGAGGUGAUCAUUCAGCCUGUCAUGCGGUGGGCGGCCAACAACAACAUCGCCGUCACUGCCUCCCUGCACGGCUUUAACUUCUCCGUACAGCUCACGGACCUGCAUGUGAGGGCAGUGGCGCGCAUCACAGUGAAGCCGCUCGUGCCUGUCUUCCCCUGCUUCUCGCGCAUCACCCUCGCACUCAUGGACAAGCCCCACGUGGACUUUGCUCUACGCCUGCUGGGACUUGACAUCAUGGCCAUCCCCGGCCUCUGCAACCUCGCCCAGAAUCUGAUAUCAGACGCCAUAGCGGACCUGUAUUUGUGGCCCAAGACCAUCGAGUUGUACCACGAGGAGCCCAAGUUGGCAGUGGGGUGGCUAACCAUAAGCGCCAUGAGCGCCAGCAACCUGCGCAACCUGGGCCUUGUGGGAACCAGCGACCCCUACCUGCACUUCUACCUGACGAGCAGCCUGGGCAGCCGCGAGUCGAGUGUGAAAGACAACGACCUCAACCCCGACUGGGGAGAGGAGGAGUUGAGGCUCAAAGUGCUGGACCCAGCUACACAAAAGCUGCACGUGGAGGUGUUUGAUAAGAACACGGGCAAGGCGGACAGGCUGAUGGGCGUGCAGGUGGUGGCACUGAGCGAGCUGGCAGUGGGCGAGGAGAAGGCCUUUGAGCUGCGCCUGGCACCGCGCUUCAGCGACCUGGGCGGGGGACAGUCGGGGGGGAGGAGCCGGCGCGAUAUUGGGAGUGUGAGCUUCCGCCUGCUGUACAA